AGUACUAAAUAAUGAAAAAUCCUAAUUGUACUCAUCUUUCUAAUUAAUUAUCAAUGGUGAUAUAGUAUAAAUAUUAUUAUCUCCUAUUAAAUUUCAUAAUCUAAAAUUAGAUGUUUUUUUAAUAGAACAAAAAAGAAUAUCCAUUAUUAAAUCAAAUAAAAGGAUGUUCUAUUUCUUAUUCUUUUUCUAUUCAUUAGGUGCCGCUAGCACAGCACGAGCUUUAAGUGCCUAUUUUGAUUCACUUAUUAAUUUUGCAAUGAAAGAUUAUUUUACUGCACAUUUUCCAUUACAUUCCGAAACAUUUGCACCAUAUGCCGAUUUAUUUGCUAUGACUUUGUGUCUUGUAAUAACCAUUCUUUUAAUUGUUGGUAUUAAAGAAUCAGCUGUAUUAAAUAAUGUAUUUACAUUUGUCAAUCUUUCUGUUAUUGUUCUUGUUAUUAUUGUUGGUUUAACAAAAAUUCAUGGACAUAAUUGGAAAAUUUCACCAAAUGAAAUAAAAAAUUUAACUAAUACGACAUAUAUGGUUGGUAAAGGUGGAUUUUUUCCAUUUGGUAUUGAAGGAACAUUAGCUGGUGCAGCCACAUGUUUUUAUGCUUUUGUUGGUUUUGAUCUUGUUGCGACUACAGGUGAAGAAAGUAAAAAUCCACAACGAGCUAUUCCAAUAUCAAUAUGUUUAACAUUAUUAGUCUGUUCAGUUAUUUAUUGUGCUGUAUCAAUUGUUAUAACACUGAUGGUUCCAUAUUAUCUCUUAAAUCCAGAUGCUGUCUUUCCUGAAGCAUUUCGUUACGUUGAUUUACCAGCAUUUAAAUACAUAAUUGGUGCUGGUGCAUUAACUGGAAUAUUUGCUUCAUUACUUGGUUCACUUUUACCAUUACCACGUGUUCUAUAUGCGAUAGCUUCUGAUGGAUUAAUAUUUCGUUUUAUUUCAUGGAUACAUCCACAAUUACAAACACCAAUAAUUGCAACAAUUCUUGGUGGAGUAGCUGCAGCACUUAUGGCAUUGAUAUUUGAUUUAAGAAAAUUAGUCGAAAUGAUGUCAAUCGGAACAUUACUUGCUUAUUCACUUGUGUCAAUUUCUGUUUUAUUUUUACGUUAUCAACCUGUUGACGAUCCACUUUUACGUUCGAGUGUACCAACAAGUGGACCGAUAUUAAAAGAAUUAUUUUAUCCAUCACAAACACAUCCAACAAUAUAUUCAGCAAGAAUAACAAAAUAUCUUAUUACUUUAUUGAUAAUUAAUGGAUUUAUUGUUUGUGCAAUACAAAUAUUUGCUGGACAUCGUCUUGCUGCUAAAGAAUUUGGACCUGUAAUUAUCUUUGGAUUUUUUAUGUGUACGGAAUUUCUUCUUGUUACUGCUAUUGCACGACAACCAAAAUGUGAAAAAUCAUCUUAUUUUGAGACACCAUUCGUACCUUAUGUGCCAAUAUUAAGUGUAUUAAUUAAUACAUAUUUAAUUCUUAAACUUUCACCGGCAACUUGGAUUCGAUUUGCUGUAUGGAUGAUUAUUGGUUUUCUUAUCUAUGGUUUUUAUGGCUUUUGGCAUAGCUCACAACGAUUUAUCAAUGAUACUCAACGACUUCUCUCUGGCAGUACUUCAUCAUUAAUUAGUUCUUAA